AUCAUUAUGAAUGUUAUGCGACUGCUCCAACGUAAAUUAUCGAUUCUAAUACUAUUGUUAUUUAUAGUCGCAGUUCUGUGGUAUUCUUUUCUCCUGUUUGAAGAUAUGAUAAGACUUGAAAACACUGACACCGAGAAUAUGAAUCUCUAUGACGUAAAGUUAAGGAAAGCUAUUGCAAAUAUAGACAGACCGACACGUGAACAUAUAAAACCUUUACAACCACCAGAUGAUAAUGAUCAAAAUUCAGGCUCGUUUUAUUUUAUAAAUUCAAAAUUAGAAAAAUCAACUGAAACUAUGAAUAACUAUAGUGUUACCUUAGCUGGCAGCAAUGAAGAAAUAAAUAAAAAAGACGAACAAUUGCAAAUUAAUCCACCGUUAAAGGAGUUUCCAGAUGUUGGCGUUCUUGUCAAAGAAGGAUUAGGAGAAGGUGGGGAACCAGUCAACAUUAGUAAAAGAUUAUUAAAUGAAAAAGAACAGGAGGAAUAUAAAAAUGGAUGGAAGAAUAAUGCAUUCAACGAUUAUCUCAGCAACCGCAUCUCACUUGAUAGAACUCUGAAAGAUCAAAGAAUUGAAAAGUGCAAACUUAUCAAAUAUCCUGAAAAUCUACCCGACGUCAGUGUCAUCGUUACAUUUCAUAACGAGGCUUGGUCUGUUCUGCUACGAUCCGUACACAGUAUUAUCAACAGAACACCAAAGCAUCUUCUUAGAGAAGUGAUAUUAGCAGACGACUUCUCUGACAUGCCCCAUUUGGGAGAGCCGUUAGAAAAGUACCUAAUGCAUUAUCCGAACGUAAAAAUCGUAAGAGCUUCAAGAAGGGAAGGUCUUGUUAGAGCCCGACUAAGGGGAUACAGAGUUGCAACAGGGACUGUGCUGGUGUUCUUGGAUUCACAUAUCGAAUGCGCUAAAGGCUGGAUCGAACCCAUGUUGGAUAGAAUAAAAAGAAACUGGACGACUGUUGUUACUCCGUGUAUAGAUAUUAUUGAUGAUGACACAUUUGGCUUCCGAUUCCAAGGUCCUAACGACAUGUUUGCCGGGGGAUUUGAUUGGAAAAUGGUUUUUAAUUGGCAUUCUGUACCGGAAAAGGAACAGAAAAGAAGAAAUUUCGAAGUGUAUUUGCCGUACAGGUCACCGACAAUGGCUGGUGGAUUAUUUGCGAUCAGUCGUGCAUACUUUACUUACAUUGGAACAUAUGAUGACGGAAUGGAUAUAUGGGGAGGUGAAAAUCUAGAAAUAUCAUUUAGGAUUUGGAUGUGUGGUGGUACUUUAGAAACAACUCCAUGUUCUCAUGUCGGACAUAUAUUUAGGAAACGUUCCCCUUACAAAUGGAGAAAAGAUGUUGACGUACUACGGAAAAAUAAUAUCCGUUUAUGUGAAGUGUGGCUUGAUGAGUAUAAACAAUACUAUUAUGACAAGAUAGGCAUACAUUCGCCAUCAGAUUAUGGUAACCUUACCUCAAGAAUUGAACUACGGAAGAAAUUGAAAUGCAAGAGUUUUGAGUGGUACCUUAAAAAUGUUUAUCCUGAAAUGUGGGUACCAGGUGAAUCAUUGGCUUAUGGACAGAUAGCAGCAAAAACCCAACCAUACUGCCUUAAGGGUGAUUGUGAAUACGGACAAACAGGGAAGCCCAUAUCACUGGUCAAUUGUUCAUCGGGACAUAAUAAGGUAAUGUAUUUGACUACGACAAAAGAAAUAAAACGAGACAAUGGAUGCGUUGAUUAUAGCGGGAAACCUGGUAUACAGAUGGAAUCAUGUCACCAAAUGAGAGGAAACCAGGAAUGGGAAUAUCGAGAGGAUAAUACGCUGUACCAUGUAUUUUCACAGAAGUGCCUUGAAAUAUCACAAGAUGGACAAACGUUAUUAAUGAACACUUGUUUAGGCACUGACCAUCAAAUCUGGCUUUGGAACAGAGGUGGAGCACCAGGGCCAACCAGAAAUUGGAAUUCACUAGAUUAAACAGUUUUGAUAACAUUUUUAAUAUUUAAUUAAUAUUUAUCAAGACCUAAGCGUUUAUCAAGACUAAGUUAUUUUUACACUUGAAAAUUAGGUUGAUCCAACAUUUCUUCUAUAUCGAUAUCAGUAUGCGAAAGUGCCUCUCAACAUUUUUUUAAAAUAAUCCAGUCUUGCAUGUACGUGUCAUUUAAGAUGAUUGUUCCUUAAGACGCUUGUGCUUCAGAAAAAGAGGCGACAGAUACAAUUGAGACAUCCAAAACUAUUUAGUUGAAAUAACCGACAACGCCCAGGCAACAACACGAUAACAACCAAUCGACGACCACUACAUUGAACAACCGGAUCACUACCAACAAAAAAGGGUGAACACUGGUGUUUGAGAAAAAUAAACAUUUUUUUUUAUGGGCAGGGGUAUAGUCUGACGUAAUGAAACAUACAAUUCAUAUUAUCUUAUAUCAAACGAAACUUGCAUUUUAACUCGGUUUUGUCCAUACUAGUAUCUGUGUUGUACGACACAAUACAAUUAUUUAAGAUAUCAGGAUGAAACGGUGUUCGCCAGACGCGCGUUGAACCUCAUUUUGAUAUCCGAUUCGGUUAAAUAAAACAGAGAUCUACAUUUUAAAAAAGAUCAUGAAAAACAUAAUACAUUAUAUUGUUUUGGUAACAAAAAUGAGGCGAAACUGUAGUGAUAUUCAAGCCGUAUUACCACACGCGCAAUCAACUGUUUGUAAUUAAGACGAAAUUCAGAAGUC